CCCUUUUCUUCGAUUUGUUUUUCCCUUAAACCCUUAAGGACAAAAAUUAGGGUUUCUCUUCGUCUCGCAAUUCUAUCUUCCCCGAACCAAAUUCCUUCGUGGAUUCGAGAAACCGGAUUCUUCCUCGUUGUUAUGAGAAAAUGAAUUUGAUUUCCAAAUCACUUACAAGAAUCGAAUGUUCGCCAUUUUCCCACCCGAGAGCAUCGGAAUCCCUUACCGGAAAACGGAUAAGCUCUCGGCAAAUUCGCUUAUACACUGCGGCUGUAGCCGGGAAAACCGGUAGUGGCGGAAAGAAAGUAAGAGCCAAGGCACCGACGAAAACGCCGGCGGACGUGGUGGCGCCAGCCACGGCGAAGAAAGAGAAUGGAUUGGCUCGGCCAAAUGAGAUUGCUUACCAGAGUGAAGUGGCGAAUUGGGUCAAUUUGGUUGGGUUUGUUGAUCAACCUGUUCAAUUCGAGGCUUCUUCCGACGGAAAAUUCUGGGCUGGUACUGUGAUAUCCCAGAGGUCCGGUUCAGAUUCCUCUGCUUUCUGGAUUCCGAUAAUAUUUGAAGGUGAUCUUGCUAAAAUCGCAGCUCGAUAUAUAAGUAAAGACGAUCGUAUUCAUGUUUCUGGAAAGCUUUUUAUAGAUUCACCUCCUCCAAAUAUGACUUAUGCUCAAUCCAAUGUCCAGGUGUUGGUCCAGAAUCUCGACUUUGUGCAGCCUUAUUCUCCACCUAUGGUUAUAUCGUCAUCUGAAAAGGAAGAAAGUGCCAUCAAGAAGCGGCCUGCUAGAGCUAAGAAAGAUAUAGUUAUGGAAGAAGCUUUUGAUUCUUGGAAUCACCUCAUUGAAAAUCCUAAAGAAUGGUGGGAUCACCGCGAAAAUAAAGCCAACGGAUUGGUUAAACCAAGACAUCCUGAUUUCAAAAACAAGGACACCAGUGUCUCAUUGUGGCUCAAUAAGGCUCCUGAUUGGGUUUUGCCAAAACUGGAAGGACUCGAGUUUGAUGUUCUUGUCCCUAAAUCGAGAGGAGUGAAACAACUUAAAGGAGAGGAAUCAUGGAAAGACUUGGUUCAGAAUCCCGAUAAAUGGUGGGACAAUAGAAUUGACAAGAGAAAUGCGAAAGCCCCUGACUUCAAGCACAAGGAGACAGGUGAAGCACUGUGGCUAAAUGAGUCUCCUACUUGGGUAUUACCAAAACUGCCACCACCAGUGAAGAAGAAACAAGAAAUUAGUGUCUCGUAGUCUUUGCUAGAAACAUUUUCUCCAUGUAAAGAGCCCCAAGUGUUUACAAAAUUAAUCAUUUAUAUCUAAUUUACUCAUCAGAGUUUCUUUU